AUGGUGGCUGAAAUACAGAUGAACAAAGCCAUUGUGUACAUUGAGGAAAUGGACAGUGUAGCAGACGUUACCUUCCCUGCAGUCCCCCAGGUGGUAUCCCUGCUAUUGUAUGAUGACACAUCUAAAACCAGAGACAGGCCUUACCCACCCAAUGGAUACCCUGUGGUUUGUGUGACGGCCUGUAACCCAAAGUACCAUGAUUUUGAUAAAACAGGAUCCAUCUGCUCUGCUGAGAAUAUCAACAAUACUCUGACCCAGUACCGCUGGCUGGUUAGCGCUCCGACCGGACCAGAUGGAGUGACAAGCCCCAUAAGGGAGGUAGACACCAAUACAUUCUUCACCAACACCAAGUCAAUCACCUUGGAUUCAAUCUACUUCCAAGCUGGUUCUAGGGUUCAGUGUGCAGUGAGAGCCUUCAAUGCCAACGGAGAUGCUGGCCUGGAGUUGUCCAGUCCCAUUGUUGUGAUUAGCAAAGAAGAAGGUAUGUGUCAGCCUCAAAUCCCAGGUACAGUUGGGGCUGAACCGUUCUCUGCUAAGAUCCGUUACACAGGUCCAGAUGAUUUGGACUUCCCUAACCUCAUCAAACUGACCAUUAACAUGCCACACAUGGAUGGAAUGCUACCCGUGAUCUCCACCAAACCUCUGUCAAACUUCGAGCUCACUUUGAGCCCAGAUGGCACACGUGUGGGCAACCACCGCUGCUCCAACCUGCUGGACUUCAAUGAAAUCCAAACUGGCUAUGGCUUCAUCACAGAUUCAACGAAGAACCCUGAGAUCAUCGGGGAGACUUCACCGUACCAGUACAGCACUAUUAUGCGUUCAGCCAAUUCCCUGCGUUUCUAUAGGAACCUCAACUUGGAGGCCUGUCUCUGGGAGUUCACCAGCUACUACGACAUGUCAGAGCUGCUGAAUGACUGCGGAGGUUCUAUAGGCACCAAUGGACAGGUGCUGAACCUUGUCCAGUCAUAUGUCACUCUGCGUGUUCCUUUAUUUGUGUCCUACGUCUUCCACUCGCCUGUGGCCGUCGGGGGAUGGCAGCACUUUGACCUGCAGUCGGAGCUGAAACUCACCUUUGUUUAUGAUACAGCAAUUCUGUGGCAGGAUGGUAUCGGCAGCCCGCCUGAAGCUGAACUACAAGGAGCCAUGUACCCCACCAGCAUGCGCAUAAAUGAGGAGGGCCGUCUUAUAGUUUACUUCAAGACCGAAGCUCGCUUCAGGGGACAGUUUGUUAUGUCUCAUCCAGGAACCAGCGUGUUGUCCAUGGUGAUAUGUGCUGAACAUCCUGAGCUGACGUUUACUCUUUCCUUGGUCAAGACUGCGCCGACCUACAACCAGCCAAUGCAGCAAUGGAGUUUUACCUCAGAUUUUGCAGUGCGAGAUUACUCUGGAACAUACACUGUGAAGCUGGUUCCCUGCAUUGCAUCGCCCAGUGGAGAGUUCAGCUCACCUCCUGUGUGCCACCCAAGAGAGCCGCUUACUUUUGACAUAAAUAUUAGAUUCCAGCAGGUGAGUGACCCAGUGGCAGCUGAAUUUAGUCUGAAUACCCAAAUGUUCCUCCUGUCCAAACAAGAGCUUUGGUUGUCUGAUGGCUCCAUGAGUUUUGGAGAAGGAACAGAUGCUGCUUUCUCAGAAGGCUCCACAAUUUAUGGACGUGUAAUGGUAGACCCUGUCCAGAAUCUGGGUGACUCCUUCUCCUGCAGCAUUGAGAAGGUGUUCCUCUGCACCGGAACAGAUGGAUACGUCCCCAAAUAUAACCCCACCAACAAGGAGUAUGGCUGCUUGGCAGAUUCUCCCUCUCUGCUUUACAGAUUCAAGAUUCUGGACAAAGCCCAGCCGGAGACUCAAGCUCCAGCAUUUGGGGAUGUUGCCUUUAAGGCCAAGCUGGCUCAAGACACCCCUGGAGCUCAGCCUUUGGUCAGACAGCCAGGCUCAGAUGGCUUCAUGCUUUCUUCUUCUCCACUUUUUCAGGUGGCUGCUGGUAGAGAAUGGUUCAUCCAUACCAUCUAUACCGUCCACUCCAGAGAAAACGCCCAUCGUAAUAUCGGCAAGCGUAGUGUUGAGUAUCUCCAACAUGGGCUCUCCUCUUUUGAGCAGCCUCAUGCCUCAGACACCAAUCACUACCGUACCGCCCCAUUGCUCUCUGCUCCACUUUUAGCCCAGGAUAUAGGUGUCGAAAACAGUCGGGGCACCAACAUCCAGCACAUUGCAUUGGACAGGUCAGACCAGCUGGUGGUCAGCCAGAGGAAACCCUGGUACCCAAACAGUGACCCCUUCUUGGAGCACCCCCUGCUGGAGAGUUCAGGCAGACAGCCCGCUGACACUUUCUAUUUACCACUGGUGGUGGGCAUCGCAGGUCUGGUCUUACUUAUCUGCAUCGUCACUGUGGUUGUUAUUCUGCUGCUGCGGCACAAGAGGAUGGGAAAGAAAACUCACUUUCCUUCGUACACCACCUCCUCCUCAUCUGCCUACAGUCGAGGUCUGGCAGGUACACUGAGCAGUUCAGACAGCUCUGAAGUGUGAGUGUGGAUCCUGCUUCACCUUACUCUAUUUAAAAAAACAAGAAAACUUAACGGUCUCCUUCACCACUGUGCCUUUAAAGUUGUGUAGCACUGAAUACAGCCCUGUGCUGAAACAGCCAUGCUCAGGAAUGUCCCAUUUAGGCCUACUGGUAUCAGAUCAU